ACGGAUUAGAUAAGUUUGGCCACAAGGAUGUACUUGUACUUCGUCAGUUUAUGACUCCGGAAGGAUACCUGAUUAACAAGCGAGUCUCAGGUGUAUGUAAAAAGAUGCAGAGGAAACUUGCAAAAUCAAUAAAAAUUGCAAGGAACUUGGGAUAUUUACCAAGAAAACCUCAGGCUUUAAUAAACCAAUCAACUUGAUUAAUUUAUUCACAAGGUCCAUAUGUAAUAUUUAUGAAUAUAGUUAUUAUUUGCAAAGGAUGUGUUAUCAUGAAUAUUUUUUAAACUUUAUUGUUUGGGUGUGCCACUCUAUUUCUUGCUGUCAUGUUGCUAGUUCCUUUUUUCCUUCUCUUCUGUCUUUAUUAUCUUUCCAUUGCUAACAAUUGUGAUAGAACUGAGCAGUAUUACGAAGAUGCUUUUCCUAUAAUAAACAUGAGCUCUUGCCCUUUGAGUCGUGAUGAACUACACUGUAACCAUCUGGGACAGACAUGCAAUGGUAGCUGUACUACAAAGCAGCUAUUCUAUCAAACCUCCACAAUGGAAGACUUUGUUGUUUUAACAGUCUAUCAAUUGCAGUAUAUAACUGAUGAGCAAGCAUUUACUGAUGCUGUUGAUGAGUUUAGGUAUCUCUGUGAUACAGGUUAUACAUCUCUGGGUUUAAAUGUCAUUGAUUGCGUGCGAUUGUUCAUUGGUCUUUGUGUGUCUUCAAAUGAAGCUUCAUCAUGCAUGGACCAGCUGUACAGGUUUUGUGUUCCUGCUACUCCAACUUGUAUUGCUGGGGUUGAAUAUACUUUGCUGCUAGGAUUAAAUGAUCAGUGUCAAUCAUCCAAUUGUGAUAAGUUGAUAACGGAUAUACUUAACAGUCCUCUUAAAUUCAGCACCAUCGACAGACUUGCUGCUUUACUCCAUGGAGAGUCCAAGAGAGCAACAAGAGCUAUUACACUCCAUGAACACUUGACAUCAGUUCUUGAUACUUUUGAAGAGAAUGCACAAAAUGUAUCAAAUUUAGUUGACAAUAACGAUGCACAGGUAUUUUUAAAAACAAUGGAUAACGCCUUUGGUGAUAGUCACAUUUCUAAUCUUUCCCUUUCACUUUUGGCUGAGACUGGCCCUAAGACACUGACACAUCUUAUGGAGCUCAAUCAAAUCUUUGGUAUGGCUAUUUUAAGUGGCGGGGGAAGAAUUGAAAGCAACCUCACAUUCAGUGGCAGCAACUUAGAUGUUCUGUUUCAAAUUACUGAUAAUAAAGACUUGUCCUUUCAACACACAUCAGCUAAUAAUGAGACUUCGGUUGACAUAGACCUGCCUAGGACUGCUCUGUGUCAGAACUUGUCGUCUUCUCUGGUUUCUCUUCCUUUAUCUUCUAGCAGUGAUGACAGUACGAGGUCGGAAUCAAAUGAAGAUAUACUAGAUACUUACUUCAACUGCUAUCCUCCACCUUUUCCUUCAGACAGUUGUAAGUAUGUUGUGGUAUCGUCUUAUGCCCAAAACAUAGAGGGAUCUUUUGAGGAGAUAUCUAACAGGUCAAUAGUGAACAUAGGGACAUUGGUAAGUCCUAUUGUAUCAGUACAAGUCUCCUCAGAGACUAAUGCCACAAUACCAAGAAACUAUACAUUUGAACUGUUUGAGCCUAUUUCUCUCACAUUCAACAUCAGCACAGAAAAGUUUAAUUAUACUGCUGGUGAGAGGCCCUUGUGUCAUUACUGGAACACCUUGUUACAAAACUGGUCCACUGAUGGUAUGACAACAACAAUACACUCCAGUUCUCAAGUACAUUGUACUAGCAAUCACUUAACUAGUUUUGCUGUACUGGUUGAUCAUUCUGGUGUCAUUGAGACUGUCAGUGAUGGUGAAUCUCUUGCUUUAAGUAUAAUUGGUUACGCUGGACCAGUCAUCUCAAUCAUUGCUCUUAUAAUCACUUUAAUACUUCUCAUUCUGUUAAGAAAAAAGCUCCAGAAAGGUCCACUGCUGUAUGUGCACGUUAACUUGUCACUUUCUUUACUGUUAGCAUUACUGGUGUUUGUACUUGGAAUUGAAUUGCCAAAAUCUAUACCAUGGUUGUGUUCAGUUGUGGCUGGAUUGCUGCACUAUUUGUUCUUGUGUGUAUUCUGUUGGUCAUUAGCCGAAGGGAUAAUGCUGUACAUAUUAUUAAUAAAAGUCUAUGGAUCACUAGCUGAUAAAUGGUACCUAUUGCUGCCACUUGGAUGGGGUGUACCCAUUAUCAUUGUUGGCAUAUCUGCUGGAAUAAACUAUGAUCUUUAUGGUACUGAGAACUAUUGCUGGUUGUCUUUCAAUAAAGGAAUGCUUUGGUCAUUUGUGGGACCAAUCCUGCUUAUAAUACUAAUUAAUUGCAUCUUUCUUUCAUUGACAAUUUAUCAUAUUAUUCGUUCAAGAAUGGCAAGUGGAGCUGAGCAAAAUCUAAAACGAACAGAAUUAGUGAAGUCUGCAGUGAAAGGAAUAAUUGUGUUGCUACCUUUGCUUGGCAUAACUUGGAUAAUUGGAAUACUUACAGUAAAUCAGGAGACAACAGUUUUCCUAUGGCUAUUCACGGUCCUUAACUCACUACAGGGUGUUGGUAUUUUAUUUUUGCAUGUCUUAAGGAAUCAAUAUAUCACCAAUUGGUUUAAAAAUAAAGUUAAAAAUUGGAAAAGUUUUUCAACCAGUGGAACAAAUGAAAUGCACAUAAAAAGUUUCAAUAAAAAUGUAUCAGGAACAUCAGUGACAAGCACCAUCACUUAUACUUGAUACAGUAGGGAGAUUAACUUAAUUUUGAAAUUGAAUAACAGCUUAUGUGAAGAAAACCAAGAAAUGACAAUUUUAAAGUAUUAUUUUAUGUAGUAGUUGUUUAAUGUUAGAUUAUCAGAUGAUUUGAUUUUUGGUUUCUCAA